AUGACAAGCGCCUCGUUCCAUUUCUACAACGGCCACCAGAAUGCCACCGCAGUCAUCGUCGUCGUAUGCUCCGCCAUCUCCCUUUAUAAUGCGCUCGAGCUGCUACUUCUCAUCCUGACCACUUUCCAUGUGUACCGCGGGCUGUACUUCUCGUCGCUUGUUGCCGCGAGCGCCGGGAUAAUCCUCUACGUCCUCGGGUUCCUAUUCGAGUACUUCAAACUCGCGCCGGAAGCGGUUGGGAUCGCGGUGGACACGUUAGGAUGGAUGCUGAUGGUGACGGGACAGAGCGUCGUGCUCUACUCGCGACUAGGCAUAGUCAUGGGGGAGGGGAGUAGAAGGGGGCGAGUGUUGAAGGGGGUGAAGUGGAUGAUAAUACUCGACGCAUUGAUCUUCCACACGAUGACGACAGUCGUCGUCUUCGGCGCCCACUUCAGCACCCACGCCUUCUACACCGCCUACAUCUACAUCGAAAAAAUCCAAAUGACCGCCUUCACCCUCCAAGAAUUCAUCCUGUCCGGCCUGUACAUCCACUUCGUCCUGCAGAUCCUGCGCUCGCGCCGCCCGGGCUUCAUCCCCACCUCCGCCACCACCUCCUCGAACUCGCAUCCGCGAACCUCGUCUGGCUCGACGAGGCGCAUAAUGUACCAGCUCUUCAGCAUCAACGUCAUCAUCAUCGCGCUGGAUAUCGGGCUGUUGGUCGUCGAGUACAUGAACCUCCAUGUCAUGGAGCAGACGUUCAAAGGUGUUACUUACUCCGUAAAGCUGAAAUUGGAGUUCGCGAUCUUGAGUAAGCUGGUCGAGUUGACACGACCGGCCGCGGGGCAUGGGACCGCCGACGGGAUGGAGUUUGCGUCGAAUGAGUGGACGUCUUCUGGGACAGGACCGCCCAUGGGACUAGAAGAUCUUGGGGGAAGGCAGGGGAGUGGGGCGGUGAAUUGCUUCUCAACGGAGUGGUAUGACGGCACUGAUCAUGAUCAUGGCGUUGAAUUGGGGAAAGUGGUGACGGUGGACAAACCGAGGUGGUUGGAGGAGUUGGAGAAGGAGGGGGUGGAGCGUGUGGAGCGGGUGUAUUCGAGGAGAGGGGAGGGCGGGGCGGAUGUGUUGUAUGCGGAUGCGAUGAGGUCGUUGGAUAGGUGA